UGCUGGCGACCGCGCAUCCCCGGCGAUUCUUCAGGCGAGUCUUUCGAAGAAAUAAUUAAGAGACUUCGAGUGCUGCGCCUCCAUCAUGCGGUGCGGGUCGGGCCUCCCUUCGCCGCGCCCUUUCGCCGCACCGGCAUGGCCCUCCACUGCCUCCUCCUCGUCGUAGACUUCCUCGCAGCCUUCCCUACUUGGGAGCCAUGGCAGGGCCACGGGAGGUCACGCUCACGGAGGUCACGACAGAGGUGGCCUUCAACGAGUUCCUCUCCUCGGUGUACCGAGGGCUGACUCGGCGGCCGCCCAGCGCCCGCGAUCAGGUCAACCUUACGGGAGUGAUGGCCAGACUGACAGCUCGCACGCCCGCGCCGCCCCCGCCCCUGCUGUCUCCAGAUUUGCCCGACACGUCCGACCUGCUGGGGGCGACGUUGGGCGGCGCGACGCUGCUCCUGCUCCUGUUGGUGCUUUUGUAUCGCGGGUGCUGCGCCAAGGCCGCCGCCCCUGCGCCCACGACCCCCACCUUGCUGCCAGCCCACGUCGCUCGGACACUGAUCGUGUUGGCGCUGGUUCUGGUGCAGUUGGGGGCGUGCGGCGAGGCGGCCUUAAGGCACUGGAGGUCACACCGCCCGCAUGUGCUCCUCACGCCCGCGCCUGUCCUCACCCUCGCCUCCACGCUCGUCACGGCGGCAUACUACCACGCCCUCGAGACCUGGGCCGCCCACGGCUACGUGAGCGUGAGCACGAGCGUAUGGGCGUGGCAGAGCGGGCUAGGGAUGCUGAGGAUAUGGCAGGUGGUCGUGGGCGGGGUGUCGCCGUGGCUUGUGUACCCCUGCCUGAGCGCCGCCGCCGCGUUGCUCGCCGCGCUGCUUCUCGCGCUCGACGUCGCCACGCUCGUCGCCUGGGUCUACAGACGCCACCACUGCGAGGUCCUGGAGAUUACGCCCGGAGUGGGCGCUGCCGGCGGCGUGGGCGUUACCUAUAAGCAUCCGCUUGUGAGCCUGCCGGCCCGCGCCACCUUCGUGUGGUUCCUCGAGCUGCUUCGGCUCGGCUGGCGGCGCCCGCUGGAGUUCUCUGACCUUGGGAAGCUGCCGCGCGAGGAGGAGUCGCGGGUCCAGUAUGAAAGAUUCAGUCGCAACUAUAAGGCUGAGGAGCUGCGGUGCCAGACCAAAGACGCCAAGCGGGCGCCCUCGCUAUGGCGCGUCUUCGUCAGGACCUACUGGCGGCAGAUGGCGGCCGGCGGUGCCUUCAAAGUGCUCGGCGAUGCCGUUAACUGCGUAGCGCCGCUCGCCAUCGGCCUCAUCGUCACGUACGUCACCGACGUCCAGGCAGGGACCCUCGCACGCAGCGGCGUCGUUGUGGAUAAGCUGUUCUAUGUGGGCUGGUCGGAGGUGGUGCGCAAUGGAUGGGUGGUGGCAGUGGUGGCACUGGUAGCUGCACUCGCGCAGUCCACCUUCAGCCAGGCCUCCACCCACCUGGUGGCGAUGGAGGGCAUCCACGUAAAGGCGGCGCUGCAGGCGAUGGUGUACCACAAGUCCUUGCGGCUUUCUGCAACGGCACAGGAGGAGCCGGAAACAUUCCCUUGCCCGGCCAGCCAGGACAAGGGUCAGGAGGGGUCGCAGGGCGCUCGUGGUGGCGUGGACGCUGGUGGGGUCAUUAAUCUCAGCUCUGAGGAUGCAGAUAGCAUCAUGACCUUCUUCAUGCACUGUCACUACAUAUGGGCCAUCCCGCUGAAGAUCGGCGUGAUCCUGACGCUCCUGUGGUGGCAGCUUGGCGCCUCGGCCGUGGUGGCAGCCGUGGCCGGCAUCCUUUUCCUGACGCCGCUGCAGUUCGUCCUCUGCAAGAAGAUCGCCGCCGUCAACAAGAAUUUCCUGGAUGUGAGCGACGAGAGGCUGCGCCAGACACAUGAGCUGGUCAUGGGCAUCAAGCUGGUGAAGCUGCAUGCGUGGGAGGACGUGUUCAUCAGGCGCGUCACCAACACGCGGGAGAGGGAGCUGCACCUCCUCUACAGGGACUCCAUCUAUCGCGCCCUCAUGACCUUCCUGACCCAGGGCUCCGGCGUGGUGGUGUGCCUUGUGACUUUUGGCCUGUACUCUUUGCUGGAGGGCGCGGCGCUGGAGCCAGCCAGGGUCUUCUCCGGCCUGGCGCUCUUCAACCAGCUCACGGUCCCGCUGUUCAUUCUGCCCAUCAUCGUCUCGCACACCAUCAGGGCCAAGAACAGCACUCGGCGCCUGCAGGAGUUCCUGAAUAUGCAGGAGGUGGAGGGGCCGAGGACCCCCAAAACCCCUAUUACCCUCAGGCCGAUAGGGAUCCUACGUGGCGGAGUAGGAGGAGGAGGCAAAGGUAGAGCAGGAGGGAGAGGGAAAGUCUGUAGGACACCCAGAAAUUCCAAAGGGGAAGGACUGCUCGACGACCUAAGGCAGAAUCGCCUAGAGCGUGUGGUUGAGGAAAGCAGGCCGACCUCGACCUGCUCCGAAAUCUCAAACGCCUCGAGUGUGUCCAAGAAAUCCUCCAAAGAAAACGGGACCUCUCCGUUUUCUGUUGAUUUGAACAGUGACUCCGAGGAAGAGCUGGAGUUCGAAGGCUGGAAGAAGAGAAGGAGCGGGGGAAAUGGUGAGCGCGGGGGCGACGGCCGGAAGGUGGCGGUGCGCAUCCAGAGCGGCUCCUUCGCGUGGGAUCCCGCGUGCCGCCACAGCGUUCUCGAAAACAUCACGACGGAGGUACCAGGAGGCGGGCUGACGGUGGUGGUGGGCGGCGUGGGCGCGGGCAAGACCUCGCUCCUGCUGGCGAUGCUGGGCGAGAUGCACACACUCAGGGGAGAACUUCAGUGGAAUGGCGAAAUGUCGGUGGCGUAUGUGUCGCAGCACCCGUGGCUCAUGCACGCCACCCUCAGGGACAACGUGGCGUUCGGGAAGCAGCUCCUCGCCAAGCGCUACAGCAGGGUCAUCCAGGCGUGCGCGCUCGCCCCCGACAUCGAGAUCCUGCCAGGAGGGGACCAGGCCGAGAUCGGGGAGCGGGGCAUCAACCUGUCGGGCGGGCAGCGGCAGCGCGUGGCCAUCGCGAGGGCGCUCUACUCCGACGCCCGCACCGUCAUCCUGGACGCACCCUUCUCCGCCUUGGACGCAGGCGUGAGUGCUAAGGUGUGGGAGGAGGGCGUGGUCAAGCUGCUCCUCCAGCGCCGACGCACAGUCAUUCUGGCGACUCACCUCACUCACCUCACUCGCCACGCCACCAAAAUCAUCUACCUGGAGGGUGGCAGCAUCAAGCACCAGGGCACGCCCUCGGAGGUGGCCCGGGCCGCGCCGGAGCUGUGGCGCGAGUGGGGGACCAAGGAGUGCGCCCCCGUGGGGGAGUACGACUACGAGGGACGACUCGAGGGGCGCACCGCGCGGGAGAGGUGGUCGCUCCUUCGCCUCGUCACUAGGAUCUCUAUCCAGAGGGGCUCGGCGUCCCCGCACCACACUCGCAGGGGCGCCAGGGAAGAGAGCAAGGAGGUGGACUUCUGCCCGCGCCCCGUCAGAAAGUACAGCAUCAACCGCCACGUUAGCCACAGUGCCCUCCUGCCGGGGGACGAAUGCGAGUACCUUCCCGCUCUGACGCCGCCGUUGCCGAGACACGCCUUCGCCCACACGCCUACCAAGCUCCCGCUCUUCAGGAUCAAGUCGAGCGCGCCGGCCUUCGGCAGGAAGUCAUCGCGGGCGGCGCGGGGGGGCCUGCCCCGCCACGCCAAGAGCCUCCCGCCGCAGCCCCGCCCACUGCCCCGCAUGCGCUCCUCGCCCGCCUUCGCCCCGCAGGGCAACAUGCUGCAUAGGCUCUUCUCCAGCGCCUCCAUCAAGUCAACGAAGCGGCCGAGCACGUCGCCCUCGGACAAGUGGCACUUAGGCCGCGUCAUCUCCUCCUCCAACAACCUCGGGGACGACCUCGACGAAGACCUGGAACUCGAGGAAGAGGUUCCUCUCGAGGAUGACGUCGAGGACGGGCGGCUGGUGGCCGAGGAGGAACGCGAGCGAGGGAGGAUCUCCAAAUGGAACUACGUGGUGUAUCUGCGGGCAUGUGGUCUCACCUUCGGCCUCGGAUAUCUCUUCUGCGCUCUGCUGGGUCAAGGCGUGUCCGUGAUACUGGACAUCUGGCUCGGCAAAUGGUCGGGCGAGGCCAACGCGUGGAACAUGACGGAGAGGAGCCACUGGGACGCUUACGAGACCUACCUGCGCCAGAAGAGCAUGCCGGGCGAGCGAGCCAAGCCGGUAGAUCCACUGGUCCUCAGCGUCGGUGACAGAUACACGGCCUUCGUGGAGGAGACGAUGCACUUCUACUACAAGGUGUACGUGGGCCUCUCGGGCUUGUCCGUGCUCCUGUCCCUAUCCACGAACAUCCUGGGCCAGGUGGCGGCGGCCCGCGGGCGGCAGAGGCUUCACCGGGACAUGCUCCAGAACCUUGUCAAGUGCGCCGUGCGGUUCUUCGAUACCACCCCCGCUGGCAGGAUCAUGAACCGGUUCACCACGGACACUGCAAUGAUCGAUAAGGAGCUGGCCCGCUCGGUGACGCACCUGCUCUUCUUCGUGCUGCUGGUGACGUCAGCGGUCGUGGUGAACGCUGUCGUGACGCCCGCCUUCCUGGUGGUCGCCGUGCCCAUCUGCGGACUCUAUUACGCCGUGCAGAAGUUCUUCCGGUGCUCCUCGAGAGAGUUGAAGCGCCUGGAGAGCCUGUCACGUUCGCCGCUCUACAGCCACAUCAGCGAGAGCGUUGCGGGCGCCGUGGUCGUGCGCGCCUACGGACACCAGCGCAGGUUCACAGACGUCCUGCUCCACCGCCUCGACACGCACGUCACGGCAUUUACCCUAUUACACGCUGGCAACCGCUGGCUCGGCAUCUGUCUCGACUACAUCGGCGGCGUGAUCGUGUUCUGCGCGACCAUGGCGACGCUGCUGUGGUCGACGGUGUUCCAGAGCGGCCUGAAGCCGGCCAUGGUCGGCCUGGCCAUCAACUACACGCUCCUCGUGCCCGUUUACCUGAACUGGAUGGUGCGCUUCCUCGCCGACACGGAGAUGUGCCUGAACGCCGUGGAGAGGGUGCAGCAGUACGCCACGCUGCCCGCCGAAGACGCGCCGCCCGCCAGGAGGACGACGCCAGCGCGAGACUCAUCGCUGGCCCGCCGCCGCCGUUCCUCCAGCCGCACCUCGGGCAGGUCAGGGUCGUCCUCGGGGUCAGGCUCAACGUCCAGGUCGUCGGGACUUCCCCCGGGCUGGCCGCUGGAAGGGAGGGUCGAGUUCCAGUCGGUCACCUUGACCUAUGACCCAAUGCUCGCUCCCGUGCUGAGUGGACUGACGUUCACCAUCAACCCGAGAAAGGAGGCAGCAAAGAGACGAAAUCAAAAUCUAAAUACGGGAAGGCAAUUCACCCAGAUCAUACAUUACUACGACUUCUUAAUCCUUUCUUCACAUUUAUUAGCCACAACAAUUGAAUGCAGGAAUAUGAAACCGUGGUUGCAGGUCGGGCUGUGCGGCAGGACCGGCAGCGGCAAGAGCUCGCUCAUCCUCAGCCUGUACAGGAUCGUGGAGGCUUCCCGCGGCCGCAUCCUGCUCGACGGGACCAACAUCCUCGCCGUUCCUCUGCAGGUCCUAAGGGCUUCCAUCUCCGUGAUCCCGCAGGACACGCAUCUCUUCCAUGGAUCCGUUAGAUUCAACCUGGACCCCCUCGGCCAGCAUCCCGACGAACGGCUGUGGCGCGCCCUCGAGAUCGCGCAGCUCAAGCCCCUGGUCGCCUCCAUGCCGGCUGCACUCGAAAGCGAGGUGGGUGAGGGCGGCAGCAGCUUCAGCGCGGGGCAGCGGCAGCUGUUCUGCGUGGCGCGUGCUGUGCUGCGGCGCUCGUCGCUCCUGGUCAUGGAUGAGGCGACGUCGGCGCUGGACGCGGCCACCGAGAGAGCGCUGCACACGGCGCUCAGGACCGCCUUCAGCCACGCCACCGUCAUCACCAUUGCGCACGGCGUCAGCAGUCUCCUUGAGUACCCCCGUGUCCUUGUAUUAGAAAACGGACACCUCGUAGAAGAUGGAGACCCGAAGGAACUUGCCAAGAAGGAAAACGGUGCGUUCGCUAAACUACUGACUGCCACAAGUGAAUCUUUGAAAUCGUAAUUUUCUUGAAGUAGACUUUGAAACGUUUGAAAUAUUUAAACUAUGAAAAUAAUUGUACUGUAAGUGAAGGGCAGCUAUUAGUGAUAAAAAUCAUUAUACUUUUCGAGAUGUUUUUAGUGAAUGAAUUAUACUAAUGUGAUAAUACGAAAUGGUGUGUGUGGCACAGUAGAUUUCGGACGCAAGAGCUGGCAAUGUUAGAAACAAAAUUGACUGAAGAGUACAGUAAGACAUUUCCGAAAUAAAAACAAAUAUCUGUGUGUGGUGUGGUAUACAAAUACUCUUCAUUGGCCACUGUACCAUAAUAGGUGAUGUUGACAACAUCACAUAUUCCGGUGAUAAUGUUGAUAACUAAGACAACAGUUUUGAUGAUGGCGAAACUUUAUAAACAGGAGGCAUUGAUAUAUAUGAUAGUAUAUCAGAUGAUACUGAUAUUACUUGUUAAAUAACCAAGACAAACUAAGGAAUAUGCAUAAUGUACUUUCUUUAGUAUAUGGCGUAAAAAUGCAGUUCCCUAGUCAGAAUAUGUGUUAACCUAUUAUGCGAAAAUGUGAAUAUAGUGUGUAUACUUCAAAACCAGGUCAAUCUAUAUCAGGUGUUUGCCGUCAGGAUAAGAUUUUUUUCUUCUUCUGAUAAACGCAAUUUCAAGUUGUUAAGAGAAAUCGUUUGACCAGACGACCAAACUUUUUUUUAGAAUUUCAGUGUUCAUUACAACAUAAGAGUUUUUUCACUUUAACCGGAAUUGCAAAGUAAUUGAACGCAAAUUACGGAAUGCAUUUAUGUGUGAUUAGGAAAUAUAUGUUGAGAGUCAAAGAUUUUAACGCGUUAAUUAUAUAGGAGGAAUAGUAAGCCUCCAAGGGUUGUGAUGAGAUUGGUGUCAAGCAUUAGCUUGGCGACUGUUUGCCAAGAAGGACAUGUAUAUAUUUUUGAGGAGCAUUCCCUUCGCUAGGGAUCGCCUCUUUGUCAAUGAUGUCUGUUCAGCUGUAAGCGUCUUGUUUAUUUAUCGAUAGCCAAGGUAUAGUGAUUUAAGAAUUACAGUCAUAUGUACCUUGAAAAUUAGAAAGUAAAAAAGCGGCCAAUAUAAGAAAUAGCCGGAACUCAGUGGUAUAUCACCGUGUUCAUUACGAAAUACUUUUUUAUUUCUUGAUAAAUCUGACACUUUGAGAAAAUAUUACCGGUUGUUAAACAUCUUUCCUCUUAUCUCCCGAAAAGACAGAUCUUACUUAAGAUAGAAUAUGUCUUUUCAGCGUGACUGCCACUUGUUUCUUCCUCUUAAUGCUCACGCGUUUUUCUUCAAGCGAUGACUCUUGAAGCGAGCAGGGCCAAGGUUGUUAUCAGGUUAUUUUGUUCUCUUAUUGUUGUAAACCGGUGCUUGUGUUAGGAACACGUCGAUCCAUUGUUCUGAUUACUUGAAAUGUCACUGAGAUGUGUAUCAUGAGCCAGUGUUCUCUGUGUGUAUAUAUUGCAUUUCUCCUCGUUUGUGAUAUGGACUGAGAUAGCUUCCAUGUAUAUUUUGUAUGUAUAUAUAGAAAGUGAACUGUAUCACAAAAAUACGUUUAUAUUUUUGCUGCCGUUCUAGUUGUCUGAUAUCACUCAUGGAAAGAUUUUUCUUUCCCUUAGAACAGUCACUAAUGGAAUUGCGUGCGC